AUGGACUCACAAGGCACCAAGAAAAGACUAUGUGGGAAAUGGCAUGCAUUGUGCCGUUUUGCGUUGUUCACUUGUUUCCUUGAUGUUGUCUGUGCACAGAUUCGCUACUCAAUCCCCGAGGAGCAGGAGCAUGGAGCUUUUGUUGGCAAUAUUGCAGAGGACCUGGGCUUGGAUUUGGACAAGCUCUCUGCGCGCAGAUUCCGGAUAGUCUCGGGUGCCAAGAAGCAAUAUGUGGAGGUAAAUUUAGAAAACGGAGUUUUAUUUGUCAAUGAAAGAAUUGAUCGUGAAGAACUAUGCGAGCAGAGUUUGUCCUGUUCUUUUCACUUGCAAGUGGUCAUAGAAAACCCUCUGGAGCUGUACAGGGUAGAGAUUGAGAUUUUGGACGUGAAUGAUAACUCUCCGAGUUUCCCGUGGACCGAGUUUAAUCUGGACAUAUCGGAGUCCGCUGCCCCAGGAUCCCGUUUUCCACUUGAGAGCGCACAGGACUUGGACGUCGGGUCCAACUCGCUCCGCACCUAUUUGCUUAGUGUAAACGAACAUUUCCUUUUGGAUAUUCAGACACGCAGUGAUGGCAGUAAAUUUGCAGAACUUGUCCUACAAAACCCACUGGACAGAGAGCAGCAAAGUGCGCAUCAAAUGGUCCUAACGGCAGUGGAUGGGGGCGCGCCGGAGAGAUCUGGCACUGCGCAAAUUGAUAUCACCGUUUUGGAUGCAAAUGAUAACGCACCUGUGUUUGAUCAGUCGUUUUACAGAGUGAGACUUGCUGAAAACGCACCUAAAGGCACAGUUGUCAUAAAACUCAAUGCGUCCGACUUAGACGAGGGUCCCAAUGCUGACAUUACCUAUUCAUUCAGUGGCCACGCUCCCAUCAAAGUGCGCCAGCUUUUCACCGUGGACUCGCGCACGGGGGAAAUCAAAGUCAAAGGAGUGAUAGAUUACGAAAAGGCCAGAAUGCAUGAAAUUUAUGUCCAGGCUAAAGAUAAAGGUCCCUCCGCUGUGGCAGUUCACUGUAAAGUGCUUGUGAACGUUUUGGAUAAAAAUGACAACCUCCCAGAGGUGAUCUUGACAUCAGUGUCCACACCUGUGCAGGAGGACGCGCCCCCGGGAACGGUGAUAGCCGUCAUCAGCGUGAUGGACAAUGACUCAGGUGAAAACGGGAAUGUGGACUGUGAGAUUCCCCAUCACGUCCCAUUUCAGCUCCACUCAUCCUUUAAGAACUACUACACAUUAGUAACUUGUGAUUUUCUGGACAGAGAGACAGUCGCAGAGUACAACAUCACCCUUACCGCUAGAGACAUGGGCUCUCCACCUCUUUUCACGAGGAAAACUAUUUUGGUUCAAGUGUCUGAUGUGAAUGAUAACGCGCCUCAAUUCAAACAGCCUUCCUAUACUGUGUAUUUGACUGAGAAUAACGCGCCGGGAGCAUCAAUUUGCUCUGUGACUGCGCUGGAUCCAGAUUCUGGCCAAAAUGCAUACCUCUCUUAUUCCAUACUGGAAGGUGAUGUUCAGGGAAUGCCCGUGUCCACAUACGUCUCCAUAAACUCAGACAACGGGAACAUUUACGCGCUGCGAUCCUUUGACCACGAACAACUUAAAAACUUUCAGAUCACAGUUCAAGCUCAAGACGCCGGUUUCCCGCCUCUGAAAAACAACGCUUCAGUGAAUAUCUUUAUUUUGGACCAAAAUGACAAUGCACCUGUAAUUGUGUCACCAGUUCCGCAAAACGGCACAGCGCCCAGCGAAGCAGUGCCCAGAUCCGCUGACGCCGGUCACCUUGUCACCAAAAUCAGCGCGGCGGACGCAGACGCAGGUCAAAACUCGCGUCUUUUUUAUCAAAUGCUCCAAGCAACGGACCCGAGCUUGUUCAGCGUUGCUCUGUACACAGGCGAAAUCAGGACGAUACGCCAGUUGGUGGAGAAAGACCCCACCAGGCACAGACUGGUAAUUCUCGUGAAGGACAAUGGUCAGCCACCCCUCUCGGCCACAGUUUCCAUCAUUCUGUCAGUGGUUGACAGCCUGCCAGAUUCGCAGCCCGAUUUGGGUGACCUGUCACUAAGCCCGCAUCACAGCUCCAACUUCACCCUGUACUUAAUCGUGUCUCUGGGCGCAAUCUCCUUCACAUUUCUGGUGGCUAUUAUUGUCCUGGUUGCAGUGCGGAGACUGAAGGGCAGACCGUCCAAUGGGGAGUCUAACUUCCCCUCCAUCGGCGGGCGCUGCUGCUGUUGCUGCUCUCGCUCAGAAACACCCACCACCACAGAGGUGUUCAAGAAGUCCAACUUAAAUGUUCGGAUGUCCGCAGGCGCGUCCGGCUGCUCGGAGGCAAACAGCAACGGCGCCCUUCCUCAGGUCUAUUGCUACAAAAUGUGUCUGACACCGGAAUCGUCCAAAAGUGACUUCAUGUUCCUCAAGCCCUGCAGUCCAGUAAUGUCUGUUCAACAGAAUAAUGCCAAGAGCACUGAUUACCUGACCUCUGGCUGGAGCGCACUGGACCGUAAUGGAGUGGCCAACAACAGAGCAGCAACCCCAAACACGCUUAAGUAUUCUAACAAGGACUGGACCUGGACCAAGAACCAACGCAACUCGGCAUAUAAGAGGUAUAGUACAGCAAAUAUGGAGGGCACUCUUUCUCAUAAACAAACAUACGAUGCUGAUGGGUUUUCCUGCUCUGUAGCACCGCAGUACUGGACCUGGGGAAAUCAUAUGAAUGACUGCAAGUUGUCUCUUCAAGAGGGAGCAGUUCCUAACUACUCAUGGGCUCCAAAGUACACCCAGCCUCAUUCUGAGCCACCAGACUACCAGCACAAUGUAUACAUCCCUGGCACCACUUCUGACUACAGCACUCUGAAGCUGGCACCCAGAGGAGAGCUGGAUGUGUACAAUACUUUCUCUACUUUUGGAAAGAAAAAGAGAUUCAUCUCAAACUUUGAACAAUCUUUCGACAGAGAUGAUGGUCUCAUAAGCAAUGACAUCUUCAAAUGAUACUGUACAUUCUGUGUAUGAUUUACAGUGUAGGCCUAUGCAUUAACUGGUUCCAUUAGUAGCUAUAAAUUGCUUCCCCAGUGCAUUGCUCUUGGAAGCUAUGUUUCUCCUUUACCAGUGGAAUUGAAAACCACUCCUUACCUUACAAGGAUAUUUUCAUUUUUGUAAAUACUGAAAUAAAAUAUAAAGAAAGUCUAUUUUGAGUCAUGGUGGGAUAUCCAAGUAGCAGAGACUGACUUUUCCAUCAUGGAGUUGUAGUCUAGUUUAGGCAGUAAAUUGGAACACUAGAAAGAAGGUUAGCUCAGGAAUUUAUGAUUUGAUCUGUUUGGAGGGAGCUGGUUCUCUGUAAGGUCAUAAUGAAUGCCUAACUCCAAAAAGGUUCAUGAUUUCUACAGCUUGCAGUCUAUUAUGGGGUUAGUCCAUGUACCAGUCACUUCUAUAUAGAUACACGUUUUUGGAGUCUAAUGUUGUAUGUCAAGGUUGUGAAACAACUAACUGUACUAGCUAGAAAAAUUAUACUUCAUAGCCUUCAUAGUAGCGGCAUCACAGUAUCAUUUUACUCAUUGGGCUUGUGCAGUAGACCUUUACACUGACACAUCAUAUCGAAUUGUUGACACUUAAAAGGUCAAUGCCACAGAUAGUGUUACUGCAUUUAAUGCUUGUACCACUUCUUGGACCACUCACAUUGUUUGAUCUGCUGCAAGCAACUUCUGCGUUAAGAGACAUAAUUCAGUCACUGAUUAUAUGUAUUCCAGAUUUGUAUUAAUCAUUUGGUGUGAUUUGUAUAUCUACAGAUGAUUAAACAGUUAUUCUUUA